CAAAAAUGGGUGAGUCCGGAAACUUUUUUUUUCCCAGGAAAAAUGGGCGUGUUGUUUACCUUCUUUCUACUGGCCGGGCGCAACCAAGCAUGACCAAAGUCUCCAAAACAUGUAGAUGUAACCAUAAAUCACCAAAUUGAGUUUUGAUAAGAGCAGUGACGGGUGACAACAAUGGCAGGAUUCUUAGUCAAAGACACGCUAACCGUGCUGACACAGAAUGGGGAGUGCCACAUCCAGCUGUGUCUUGGUGACAUCACUAAAUUGCAACAUAAAGACAAAGUGGAUGUCAUUCUCAUCUCAGCUUUUCAAUCUGAUUACACCCCAACCCAAACGUCUGUGAUUGGUUCUUUGCUUCGUAAUCUGAAGAUCAACGUCCGGGAUCUAGCCAGGGAUAAGGAGGAGGACCUGAGGCAGUUGUACCAUUGCUGGUGGUCCAAGCCUCUCCCAGAGGACAAACCAUACCAGAGAUUACUCUGCUUUGAAACAAGAGUAUUUGGGUCAAGGCGCCCACAGGAGUUGGUCGGUGAUGUGUUUAGAUGUCUGGUACCCAUACUCAACAACCAAGACGGCACAGUGAUUACUCCAUUGUUGAACACAGGGGAUCAGGGUCAUGGGAGAGAAGUCAUGCUGAAGGGAAUGGUAGAAGCGGCAGUCAAUUGGAUGAAAGCUGGGCUACCUCUCCGUAAGCUCAUGAUAGUCCUGUACUGCCGUGGUGAUAACGAUGCUGCGCUGGAAGCAGCUGGUGCUAAGCAGUUCAAUCAUGUCUUCAAGCAGUUUGCUGACCUUAAAGACCAGUACAUGAUGAAGGACUUGACACCUAAGGAAGUGACAAUCAAUUUUGACGUCUACCUGUCCGUCAGCAAACUGGACACAGAGUUGGCCUCCGUCAUCAAGGACAAGCUUCACUUGAAGAAGUCCGACAUCCGCAUCUUUGACAGCAAUCAGAAGAUGAUCUGUGAGGAGGUUUGGCAAGAGGACAUGUAUGAUGUGAUGAUGCACAGUGCCAGGGUCAUAACAGUGCUGACGCCUAAUUACCUUCAAUGCACAUCUUGCGUUGAGCAAUAUAACAUCGCCCUCUGCUGUUCAAGAAAUGCAAACAGGAACAUGCUGGCACCGUUCUAUAUAAAAGAGAGUAGCCUCCCGACGUACAUGACCCAAGUGCAAUAUGUGGACUGCAGAACCAGUUGUGUUGACCGCAUCGGCGAUGCAUGCCACCAGAUUGUUCUGUCCUUCAGUGUUACCUUGAAGGCUAAACCCUUGAUGGACCCAACCAUCCAGUAUGACAUCUUCAUUUCCUACUCUCACUGCGACUCAGAGAGGGCUAAUCACAUUGUGAAGUACUUGAAGGCACUCAACCCAGACCUUAGACUCUUCUUUGACAUACAGGAGUUAAAAACAGGUAGUGCAUGGCAGCGUACGUUGUAUCAUUCCAUAGAUGGUUCCCGUGUCAUGUUGGCCUUGAUAUCUAAUAAAUACCUGAGCUCAGCCGUGUGUCAAGAGGAGUACAAUUUAGCCUUGGCCAAACACUGCUCUGGGUCUUCCACCCUCAAGUUGAUCCCUCUGUGCAUUGAAGACAUCUUCGGGGUGACUCCUCCAGAAUUCACUAAGGUCAAGAUGGUGAAUGCUAAAGGUGAUAGCUUCCUUCAGGCAGCAGACACGACCUGUUCUGCAGUUGAUGAUUGGUUGGCUGGGAAGGAGGUUGACUCUGAUAUGAAGGCAUUGUUCGACAAAACCGAGGAUUUGAUAGUUGAUGUGGACACUGUUCUGGAAAGCAUGCGCCGUCUUCGUUUCCAAGAGAAGUACGGUGACAAAGAGAAUCUGAUUAAGAAAGAGCUGAAAUUUUCAACGCAUCUUCUGGACUCUUUGCCAAAUAGCCCCAACAUUGCAAGUGAUAGUCAGGACGCUGCUAGUAAGUGCGAUGUUGCAUUCAGCUACGCUAAUGAGGAUAAGAAAUACGCCGUCUACCUCGCUGAGAUGCUUGGUCGUGUCUCCGGUCUUGUGGUCAACGCGCACCCCUCAUCGGACCUCGAACGUCUCUCUCUGAUUGAUCAAGCCAAAUACAUCGUCGUCAUCCUAUCCCCACAUUACAUUGACUCUCUGGAGAAGUGUGAAGAGUUCAACAUAGCCCUGUCUCGUCAGCGAAUGGUUUCUAGACGGAUUUUAUUCCCAGUGCAAGUCCACGUUCUUCCGCAGCAACCCACGUACUUUCGACUGGUGCCGUCUGAUUUCAAUUCGGCAGACAAAAUGUGGCCCGAGUUGUGCAAUUCACACGAGAAGACGAUUGGCCCCACCUUAGAUGUGCUGGAAUCGCACCAUGGUGAUAUCGCUGCACCUACAAAGUUUGCUUUUCAUGUUGCAGCUUUGAAGAUACUAGAGGAGAUCAAGAAACAAAGGUGUAAUCCAGACACAACUGUUAAGCAAUCGUCUACUCUCACAAACAUAAUGAACAUCAAGGGUUAUUUGGACAGCGCUUUUGAGAAUAGCAGUACAGUUCCUGGUAAUGCUGUUGAGCCAGAGGCUCUUGAAGAUGAUACCAGUUCAAACCAGUUAGCUGGACAAAAACGAAAUAAUCAAAGGAGAGGUAGGCCGUCGUGCCUCGUUCAAUGAACUCCCUAGAAAUAAUGUAACAUUUAUUAGCAUUGCUACAUUUUAUCCUGGGAAAAUCUAGUUUGCAAUUUAUUUUCAUCAAACUAUUUUUAAUUAAUUUUUUUAUUUUGGUACUAUAUUAUUUUUAUAUUUUGUAAUAUAUUUGUGUAUGUGACAAUGAAGGAACAACGUUCAAUUUUAUUUUAUAUAUAGCUCAUGCAUAAAUCCUUGCCAUUUGAAUUCUUUCCAAAUAAACAGAAAAAUAGACACAGGAUAUUUUUCACUCAACACUCAGGGAAAAAUGUAAUAAAAUUUCUGAACAACUCCUGAAAAUGCAAUUAAGUCCAUGGACAUUGUGUGAGGUUCAGCAUAGCUACAUUUUACCAUGGUAAAAUCUAUUUUAAAAUAUUUUCAUCAAGUUAUUUUGCAGAAAAUCAUAUUUUGUUUGUUUUGUACCACAUAAUAUUUUCAUAAUUAUUUGUAACAUAUAUAUUUUGGUUAUAUCCCAAAUUUCUGUUUCACCAAGUUGUGUGACAAUGCAGGAACAACAUAUAUUAUUAUUUUCUUAUAUAUAAACAUAUAACUCAUGCUAUUUUUGUUUAAAUGUAUAAGUGUAACUCAUGCAUAAAUCCUUGCCGUUUUACAUUUUCACAAUCAAGAGAAAAUGGACGCAGAAUAUUUUCACCCAACACUCUGGAAAAAAAAGUAACAACAAUUCGGAACGACUCCUGAUAAUACACCAAGGUCAUUUGAACCGGCAAGGCAAAGCAGCUGAUACCAGUUCUAACCAGUUCUAACCAGUUCAAACCAGUCUGCUUGACAAAAAAAAAA